CUAGUAAAAGCCGCAGCCGUCGCAGGCAUCAUAUGAUUGAUGCAUUGGAUAGCGUCACCGAUGACCUGGGCUGGAAGCAGGCGGGGACAACGGUGUAAAAGUGCCCCCAUCAGGGCUGGAGGCCGGCAGCGUCAAAAGACUCCGUUGUCUACUACACUGACCGCCUAUCAGUGACUGGGAAAAUACGGUAAAGGGGCGGGGCUCAGCGGUGCUGGCUUUGUGGUCACUGUACAGAUCAGACCAAGAACCAUCAUGAGUGUGGGAUUUGUAGGUGCCGGACAGCUGACCUAUGCCCUUGUCAGGGGCUUUACCGCAGCAGGAGUAUUGGCGGCACACAAGAUCACCGCAAGCUCCCCUGACACAGAUCUGCCCACUGUGGCUGGGCUAAGGAAACUUGGUAUAAAUUACACCACAAGUAAUAAGGAGACGGUAAAGAACAGUGAUGUCCUUUUCCUGGCUGUGAAACCUCUACUCAUUCCCUUUGUGCUGGAUGAGAUUGCCUCAGACAUUGAAGACCGUCACGUGGUUGUGUCAUGUGCUGCUGGUGUCACUAUCAGCUCUAUUGAGAAGAAACUGAGCACCUUUCACCCAGCCCCCAAAGUAAUCCGCUGCAUGACUAAUACUCCUGUGAUUGUUCGAGAAGGGGCCACAGUCUAUGCCACAGGGACCCACGCAGAGGUGGAGGAUGGGAAGCUUCUGGAACAACUGAUGCAGAGUGUGGGCUUCUGUACAGAAGUGGAGGAGGACCUCAUUGAUGCAGUGACAGGACUGAGUGGAAGUGGACCUGCUUAUGCAUUCACAGCCUUGGAUGCACUUGCAGAUGGAGGGGUGAAGAUGGGUCUUCCCAGGCGGCUUGCAGUUCGUCUUGGAGCUCAGGCCAUGCUGGGGGCAGCAAAAAUGUUGCUGGAAUCAGAGCAGCACCCUGGGCAGCUGAAGGAUAAUGUGUGCUCACCAGGAGGGGCGACCAUUCAUGCUCUACACUUCCUGGAGAGCGGUGGAUUCAGAUCCCUACUCAUCAAUGCUGUGGAGGCAUCCUGUAUCAGGACCAGGGAGCUACAGUAUUAUGCCGACCAGGAGAAAAUCCCAGCCGCUGCCAUCAAAAAGACAACCCUAAACAAAGUGCAGCAAGAAUCCCCACUGAUUUCAACGGCUGCUCAAGGAGUCAAAGUCAGUCUCUUCAACAACAAGUCAGCAAUGGGAAUAAAGAAAUUCUAAGAUCCUCCAGUGAUCCCGACAAGCCAGAACCAGCUGUGGAGAGGGGGGGGAGGGAUGUGUGUGUGAUCACGGCACUAGGGCAUCUGAGAGUAUGUGUGUACUGGUCUUUGGUUCUUACUGUUGUAUCCAUUAUUUUUACUAUUUUUAUUACAUCCAAAAAAGUUAUUUAAACCAGAAA